AUGUUGAAGCCAUGGAGUAUUGAUACAGACAUAGAAAAGUUUCAAGAUUUUUCAUAUCCAAUGUGGGUCCAAUUUCCAAGAUUAAAGCUUAAUCUUUGGAGCUCAACUAGAAUUAGUAAAAUUGCUAGCCUAAUUGGGAAACCUAUUACUACUGAUAAGCUCACGGCUACUAGACAGAGAUUGAGUUAUGCUAGAGUUUUAGUAGAGGUGAAACUUCCUUUUAAAGAACCUUUGCCUGAUUCUUUGAAAAUAGAAGGGCCUGAUGGAAAAAGCUAUAUGCAGCAAGUCUUGUAUGAAUUUAAACCUAAGUGGUGUUCUACAUGCUGUAUGGUUGGUCAUGAUACUGAACAGUGCAGGAAAAAUAAAACUAAGAAGGUGUGGGUUCCUGUUAACAGGCAGAUUGGAAAUGCUACAAAUGGACAUGUUGAACAUGUAUCUAAUUCUGGACCUAGUAAGGAGUCUUUGCAUGAGAAUGUAAUAACUUCUUUUUCUGGUUAUGAGGAUCAUGUUAUUAGUUCAUCAAAUCAGGAAGCACAAUCUGCUGAGAAACAUGCACAGAAUGAAAAACAUGCACAUGAAGAUUCUGCACAGGCAAGGAAAAACUGGGAGAGCAAUUUUGGUUUGAGUGAAAGGGUAAUCAGCCCUAUCUCUAAUCAAUAUAUGCAAGUGAAGGAACAUGCCCUGUAUCAGCAAAACUUCUUAACCCCAAAAGCACCUGGCUUCAAGCAGAUCAGUCCAACUGUUAAUGCAUCAGGGUUUACAAGUGUGAACAGGAACAACAUAGCAAGGAGAGUUAAUAUAACUGCACCAACUUCAGGUACUUUGCCUUCUCUCUUCUCUCCCCUAGAGCAGCUAAUUUCUGAUCCAUCCUGUGCAGACAGAGGUGGGAAAUCUCAUUGA